GAUGGUUUUGCACGCCCUCGCCAGUCAGCAGGCGGAGUUGAACCUUCGCCGAAGCAAACAAGCGACGAGAGUGAUUGAUCUCGGGGCCUGUGUGUGCAGGCUACAAUAUGCGGGAAACAAGACUGCUUCAACCACCACCGGCCUCUUCCACUUUUUUUUUUACAUUGCAUUAUUCACACCGCCUUGCCUCGACAUACGGGUAGGCAUAGGUAUCCCUACUCACCCACGACUCCACAGUCCACCACCCGCGCGUCUUUUUCCUCUGCUGCACCCGCCCAUUACACGCACCUUGCUGGCGGAUCGGCUUCCUUCUCUUGUUCCGCUGCAGGCCCGCAAUUCGCCAGUCAAACGCUCGCCAUCUGCCUCGCCCGUGGAGCUCGCUCCGGGGCAGGCUCUCACCAGCUUCAUCACGGCAUCUUUAAAGAAGCGGAAGAUUGCGCCCGACACCGCUGCUCCUCUAGAACGCACUUGCCCGCCGCCGGAUGAGGGGACUGUAAGCUCCCCACGAUCCUCUCCACCACCACCACAACAACAACCUUCCUGCACCUCGACGACCGCAAGCCUGCGUGCUUCACUGUCUCCUCCGCGUUACCUCCCCCCGCAUAUGCACGACGAGGUCCACGACGCCGCCCAAGACGCCAACCAAACCCGCUCGAGAGAGUCCUCCGCCGCCGCGAGCUCCCCGAGUGAGGCCUACGCACAUCUGACUCUCGGCGAGUCCAUGGCUCCCGAACCAGACCAAACACAGCACAAACCUCAUCCGCGCUCUUCUUCUCCUGCAAAACGUCCCCACUCCGACAUGGACGACGGUCCCAUGGACAUCGACCCUCAGUCCUCUGCCCGCCGCAACAGCGGCCAAUCAAGCCCUCGUGCCACCAAGUCGGUCCCUACUCCCCAGCGAAGCUUACGGGCCACCUCCGUCGAAAUGGCCGACGCAACUUCAAAUGGGAGCUCCGAUUCCAAUUCGGCCUUUGCCUCCAACGUGGAGUCGGCUGCGACCAGUGUUUCUGCCACACCAGCCGCCGAUUUGCCUAGUCUCGAGGAGCAGGUGAACAAGGUCUUGGCCUUGUCUAGGAAACAGCUUAAGGAUGGACAAGUCGGUUACAUCGUAUCCCAUUCGUGGCUAGAGCGUGUUUGGGCCAGGACACCACAGUAUGCCGACAAGCAACGCGAGUUCAGCAAAUCAGCUAGUGAGGGCGAGAUUGGACCAGUGGACAACUAUAAUCUGGUCGAACCAGCGACCCUCUCUCUCGAGCUAGCGGACCAGCGGGGUGAAGACUUCGUGCCAAUUCGCCCCGGCCUUUCCCUUGAACAAGACUAUGAGAUACUCCCUGCUGAUGCCUGGAAUCUCAUCGUCUCGUGGUAUGGCUUGAAGGACCGUAGUCCCGUUAUUCGACGAUAUGCUCACGAUACCUCCCCCGAUGAGUUCACGACCAACAUACAAUAUGAACUCAACCCGCCCAUAUUUAACAUCCGCAUUGUCCGCAAGUCUGCGCCCUCGACGCAGGAAUCUUCCAAGAUAUUGGUCGCAAGCCGGAGCGAUAAUUUUGUCGAUUUCUUGAAGGCCGCCAAGCGGGCAGUAGGCGUAGGCUCUGAUCGCAAGAUACGGAUGUGGAGGAUUCUCAAUACACCCGCCGCUACAGAUGAAUCAGUGAAGCAACCAUCUGGCAUCCUCACACCCGAAGCGUCUCCGCCGCCUGCAUCGCGUUCGACUACCGCAAACAUCCCCCUCGUCAUAGAUGCAGCGCAAUUCACCAGCCUGGAAAUCGGCACGCAGCGUGAGGAGGUCACUGGUAAAGAUGAGAAAGCAAACGAGGCUUUCAAUGAUGAGCUGGAUCUGUCCGGAGCAGGCCUGGCUGAAGACCAAGUUCUAGUGUUGGAAGAACAAAAUGCGAGCGGAGAAUACAUCACAGACACUUUGCCAAAAGCUACCGCCAAAUCCAGCACGUUGGAAACCAAACCAGCUACAAAAGGUACCAAGAGUGCCACUACUAGUGGACGGAACACACCUGCACCCUCAGGAGCCAUGACCCGUGGCCGCACGCGGAACGGUAAAACACGCGGCACCGCAGGCCUGACCAAUCUUGGCAACACGUGCUACAUGAACUCUGCACUGCAGUGUAUUCGCAGCGUUGAGGAAUUGGCAGUGUUUUUCUUGUCGGGGAAAUACAAGAAGGAAAUCAAUAGCGACAAUCCGCUUGGCCAUAAUGGAAACAUUGCAAAGGCGUAUGCUGGCUUGAUGGCCGCUAUCUACGACGAAAACGGAAUGUCUUCCUUUGCACCCAAGAACUUCAAGAACACACUCGGUCGCGCUCAACCCAUUUUCUCUGGCUACGGUCAACAAGACUCCCAGGAAUUCCUCAGUUUUCUCGUUGACGGUCUCCAUGAGGAUCUGAAUCGGAUACAUAAAAAGCCUUAUACUGAGAACCCAGAGUCGGAUGAUAACACUCAUCGUGAUCCGGAGGCGAUCAAAGCUCUGGGCGAAAAAUUCCGUGCUAUUCACCAUGCACGCAACGAUUCCGUGGCAAUGGAUCUUUUCAAUGGGUUUUAUAAAAACACAAUGGUGUGUCCGGAUUGCGAGAAAGUCAGCAUCACUUUCGACCCUUUCAGCCUAGUAACUCUUCAGCUCCCGAUCGAGCAGACUUGGCAACACACAGUUCGAUUUGUCCCCUUACGCGGGAAGAUGUGGGACGUGCAAGUGGACGUCGAUAAGCAUGCUUCGAUUAAAGUUCUAAAAGAGUACGUCGGGAAGCGUUUCGGUGUUGACGCGAAGCGAAUCAUGGUCUCCGAAGUCUACAGCCACAAAUACUACAAACACUUUGAGGACACGGCUUUGGUUUCCGAGAUUCAGCAGCGCGACGACAUCUACCUCUACGAGCUCGAUGGUAUUCCUACAAAUUGGCCACCUCCAAAAAGCAAGAAGAAGAAAAGCAAUUACUCCUACUCCAGUUUAUAUGCCAACGAUUCUUACGAAGACGUUCCUGAUGUCGCGAAUCCUGCGCAUGACAACGUCAUCAUUCCACUCUUGCACCGAGCACCAAGUGCCUCAUCGGCAUACCGUUCAUCAAACUGGGCACUUAAGCUGUGGCCAUCAUUCAUCGUCCUCAAUCGCGAAGAAGCUAAAGACUACGACAGUAUACUGAAAAAGGUUCUUGGGAAAGUUGGACAAAUGACUACCCGGGAUAUCUUCAACGAAGUCAACCUAGCCCAGUCCCGUUCGGGCUCAGAUGUUGUAGUUACUACUGAAGAAGACGCUUCACUUGAUGCCGAUGCCCGCGUUCACGAUGGCUCUGUUGACGGCGAAGAUAACAUGGUCGAAGUCACUAUGACAGAGCCCGUUGAAACCACCCGAAGCCACACUUCCGACGAAGAUGAUAUCCCACAAAUUCUUCGCCCAGAUACUUUCAUACCACCAGAAUUCCGGAAUCUGUUCAAUAUUACUCACUCGCGGACCACAAACGAGUUCAUCCCUACCGGUUGGAGCUCUGUCGACGCUAAUAAGAAUUUCGAACCGAUAUCCAAACGGGUGCGCGUCAUAUCAUCCCGGGGGUCCUCAAUACAGUCAGCGGAUGAUGUCAGUAAUGAGACAACUAGCGAAGAGGAUGAUUCUCCCCAGUUCUCCGCCGAUGCCCAUGCCUCGAUUGAGGUUGCCACUCAGAGCAGUGAUGAGGACGAGAACAUCAUGCAACCAUCACUAGAGUCAAACUCCGCCUCUCGCAAUGGACGCCAGAAGAACAAGAACAAGAAGAUGUCUAAACACGAGCGGAAACUCCUCCGUAACAAGGGCCGCAAGACAUACGGGAAGAAGAACAAAGGCAAUUUCGAACAGCCCUCGAGAUCAUUCGAAGAGCCCGAGGAUGAGGACGAUGAGCGGCUCGUCAAGAUGGGUGAAGCGAUCAUCCUUGACUGGGAUGCUGAUGCUUUUGACGCUCUCUUCCAAGGUCAGGACAUCGAGGACUCGCGCGGUAUGGAAACCUGCAAGCUUGUUGAGAUGCUGGACGACGAAGAUUUGAAAGCGAAGAAGGCAAAGCGAAUCGCUCGCCGCAAGAACGGCAUCACCCUGGACGAAUGCUUUGCUGAGACAUCUAAAAGCGAGGUCCUUUCGGAAGACAACGCAUGGUACUGCAGUCGGUGCAAGGAACUUCGUCGUGCCACCAAGACGCUCGAAAUCUGGACCGCUCCAGAUAUUCUGGUUGUUCAUCUUAAACGCUUCAGUUCUCAUCGCGCUUUCAGGGACAAGGUUGAUGCCCUUGUGGACUUUCCGAUGGAGGGCUUGGACCUGACAGGCAAAGUUGGGCUGCCCGAAGACAAGGAACUGGUCUAUGAUUUGUUCGCCGUCGAUAAUCACUACGGAGGACUUGGUGGCGGUCACUAUACGGCCUUUGCGAAGAACUUUUUUGAUCAACAGUGGUACGAGUACAAUGAUUCAUCCGUCUCCAAGUGCGGAGGACGAAGCGUUGUCACGCCAGCCGCCUACCUCCUAUUCUACCGUCGCCGUUCUGCCGGCCCUUUAGGCCCUCCAGCCCUCCAGGAGAUUGUGCAAAAGUGGCACGACCCCGACUUGAUCGAGGGCGACGAGGAAAACGACGAAGCAAGCUCGCGUAACGACUCGCCGGCGGGAAACGGCUUGCGCCUCGGCGGCUUGUCCCGCAAUGGGUCGUCGAGCGCUUUCGGAACGGGAGCAGGAGUCCUGCGCGGGGGUGGUUCGGUCGGAGCAGGGAACCUAGCUCUGAACGGAGCCGCAGUCGGGACUCUCGGGGCGGAUGAUGACGGUGCGCCUCCCUCGUACAGCGCCAUGGAUGAAGGAUACGACGAUAGUACCUACGCUGGGGAUCGUACAUGGGGGUUUAGCAGCCUCUUGGGUCCCACAACGCGCGAUGAUGACGACGACGCCGCGAGCGAUCAGGUAAAUGCCGGCGAUGAUGAUUCGUUGGAGGAUCGCAUGCAGGAUUUCGAUACCGAAGAGCUCUUUGGUGGUAACGGUGCUAUCGGCGGUGGACAUGGCGGCUCCACCACACCUCUGCUUGCUGGCAACGUCCAGGACGACGAUGACGAUGAUGUCGCUGAGAUUCGUGUUUGAGUUGGUGAUCUAGAGGAUGGAUAUCGAUGGCAACGUAGAGGACGGGCAUCGGGGGUAUAGCUCAGUUGACGUCGCUGUCCGGUUUUUUAAACAGCAGGUUACGUCCGUCCCCUUUGACGUGUCAUGGUUCGGCUGCGGCUUUCCAUUUUCUUUAUUGCCGUUUCUUGGAU